GGGAUUAGCGCGUAGCGCCGCAGAUAUUUAGCCGGGGAAAGUGCGGCGAGACAUCUCUAACCCGCACCGAGACGCGCACCUAAUUUGCUACUCUACUAGCAGCGUCCUGACGCUGGGGAGCGCUCCACUUGUCGCUCGGGCGCCGCGACACGGCGGCGCGGCCGGGAAUCGGGCGCCUGACCGCCGCGAGCGCAGUCGCCGUAUAUAACCGCCUCCGACCUCGGAAAACUGGCGGCACGAUAUAAUUGGCCACCGGCCGGCACCGACCGCCAGUUAGGCAAGGGGAACGCUCUCUAGUCGGCGGUCACUCGCGCGCCGCGGCGCACGCCGGUGCGCGCCCGAGGUUGAUGGGCGCGGCGGGAUGAGCGAGAGGGGCCCGAGCAUGAGGCGGCUGAGCGGCGCGUCCAACGGCGGCGGCGGCGGCGGCGGCAAGGCGGCGGGAGCGGGGUCCGGCGGCGCCGCCGGGCCGUGGGAGGGGGGCGGCAAUGCGGCGCGGAUCCGUGGCGUGAACGUCGGGAUCAUGGACGAGAAGGUGCUGGAGCUCGUGUUCCGGGCGCUCAACUGGGACCCGCAGGCGCUGUGCGUGGUGGCGCGGGUGAGCCGGCGGCUGCGCGCCGUGGCGGAGCGCGUGCUGUGGCGGGAGCUCUGCGUGUCGCGGGCGCCGCGGAUGGUGGCGGCGCUGACGGGCGGAGCCCCCGCGGCCGGGCGCAUCGGCGGCGGGUGGCCGGCGCUGGCGAAGCUGCUCCUCUUCUGCUGCGGCGCGGCGGGGGCGGCCGUCCCGGGCCACUUCGCCCCGGUGUCCCGCUUCUCCAAGACGUCCGGCCGGAGUUUCCUGUCGCGGCGGUGCGCGGGGGACCUGCUGUACGUGUCCGACCCCUGCGAGCACGCGGUGGCCGGCGCCGCCGACGACGUGGGCGCCUACCGCGGCGUGUUCCGCGGGUUCAUGCGCUCCCGGACGCGGGCGUGGCUGGUGGGCCACCGCGCGCCGCUGGAGCCCCGCUUGCGCUGCCCCUACUGCGGCGCGCGCGUCUGGAGCAUGACCGCCGCCGGGCUCGCCCCGCGCAGCGCGUCGCGGCGGCUCGGCGCCAACGACGGCCGCCUCGAGUACUUCGUCUGCGUCAGCGGGCACCUCCACGGCAGCUGCUGGCUCGCGCGCCUCUCCGACAGCGAGGGCGCCGGGCCCGACGGAUCCGACGCCGACGACUCGUCCGCCGACGAGGGCGACGUCGGGCUGUGACUCGCCUCGCCGGUGGAUCCGACGUGGACAGAAAGUCUAGUUUAGCCUCAGCUUAGCAUUUUUCCUCUUUUCUUUCCAUUCAUCUUUCUAAAUGUGGCUGGCGGCGUGCCGAUGUCUGUUGCAUUUACUUCGGUGUUCGCCGGACGCCACCGGAUCAGGCACAGGCACGAGCCAGCCUUGCAGCGGCGGCGCGCACCGACGCGCCGUGCUUUUGACACCGUGGCCUGCUCGGGGCUUCACAUGGGCCAUGGCAGAAUCUUUAAACCGGCAGUGGACUAGUGAUAUGCCUAUCCAUGCUUUCAAGACGGCCGAUCUGACUUCGCCGCCGUGCA